AUGCACGAGGAGGCCCCCAUGUCGCACCCCGACCAGUUUGCACUGCUCAACAGUAACGGAUACCCCGCCUCGGCUUCUGCCAACGCCUCCGCCAAUACCCCCGUCUACAGCCUUGACGCGCUCGAGAUGAUGAAGCGGGCGUCGUCGCAGUCGUAUGACGCGCACGCGGGCCUGGGCAACCUCGCGUCGAUGCCGUCGACGGUCGCCGGCGCCGACGGCAACGGCAAAAAGACGCGCUUCGUGUCCGAGGGAAACAUUCCCAACAUCAACCAGCCCGCCUUUAUGGGCGGGGCCGGCGCGCACUAUGCGGGCGUGCCGCCCAACAACGGCCAGGCGCCCUUCCUCGGCAACGGCCAGGGGCCUGGGCAGCAUCAGCAUCAGCACCAGCACCAACACCAGCACCAGCAUCAGCAGCACCACCAGCACGCCUACGGCAACCUCGGUCUGCAGCCGCCGGGAAACGGCACCAACGGCACGCGUUCGUUUUCGGGCAACCUCGGCAACGCCAACCUGCUCGGUGGCGGCGGCCAGGUCGGGGCGCCGCAUUUCGGCGCCCAGGGGUCUCCGGCCUUCAUGAUGCCUGGCGCGAAUGCCCUUUCGCCGCAGCAGGCCGGAGCCAUCUACGGCGGCUUCGCCAACUUUGCCAACGGCCCCGGCGGCUUCAUCCCCAACAUGCCCAUGCUCGCGGCCGGCCUGCCCGGCCAGACCAACCCGCUGAACCGGACCGUCUACGUGGGCAACCUGCCGGCCGACGCCUCGGUCGACGAGCUGCUCAACCUGGUCAAGUUUGGCCCCAUUGAAAACGUCCGCCUACUGCCGGAGAAGAACUGCGCCUUUAUCUCGUUCCUCGACGGCGCCACGGCCACCGCCUUCCACGCCGACGCCUGCGUCAAGAAGGUGUCGCUGCACAGCCAGGAGCUCAAGAUUGGCUGGGGCAAGCCGUCGCAGUGCCCGCCGACGGUCAUGAUGGCCGUCCAGCAGAGCCAGGCCACGCGCAACGUCUACCUCGGGCAGCUCGACGAGGACGCGACCGAGGAGUCGCUGCGCGACGACCUGGCCCGCUUCGGCCCCAUUGACCAGGUCAAGAUCGUGCGCGACAAGAACAUCGGCUUCGUGCAUUUCCUCUCGAUCCAGACGGCGAUGAAGGUGGUGGCGACGCUGCCCACCGAGCCGACCUGGUCGGGCAAGCGGGUCAACUACGGCAAGGACCGUUGCGCCUACGUGCCAAAGAGCCAGCAGCAGAACCAGGCGCACAACAACCAGGCGGCCGCCAUGGGCCUCGCCGCCGCGGCCUCGCUCGGAUACCCGACGGCGUUCGGCGCUGCUGCUGCCGGUGCGGCCUUUGGGCCCAACGGCGCCGGCGUCGCGCCGCUCGACGAAAACGGGCGGUCGCCGGCCAGCUCCGUCUUUGGGCCCGCCGCCGCCAUGAUGGGCGCCAACGCGGCGGCGCUGCAGCAGAUGGGCAACCGCACCGUCUACCUCGGCAACAUCCACCCGGAGACGACGACCGAGGAGAUCUGCAACCACAUCCGCGGCGGCAUCCUCCAGAACAUCCGCUACAUUCCCGAGAAGCACAUCGCGUUUGUCACGUUUGUCGACGCCAACACGGCGCUCGCCUUCUACCACCUGGCGUCGUACUCGGGCAUCAUGAUCCACAACCGCCGGCUCAAGAUUGGCUGGGGCAAGCACUCGGGCCCGCUGAGCCCGGCGAUCCAGCUGGCGGUGCAGGCGGGCGGCUCGCGCAACGUCUACAUUGGCAACAUCGACGACCCGGAGAAGCUGAGCGAGGAAAAGAUCCGCAGCGACUUUUCCCAGUACGGCGAGAUUGAGAUGGUCAACAGCCUGCGCGAAAAGAACUGCGCGUUUGCCAACUUUACCAACAUCCAGUCGGCCAUCAAGUGCAUCGAGGGCAUGAAGAACCACCCCGACUACCAGAGCGUCAAGAUCGCCUAUGGCAAGGACCGGUGUGGCAACCCGCCGCGCAGCGUGGGCAGCCUGCAGGUGCACAACGGCGGCGCGCGAAAGACGAGCGGGUCGGUGUCGCCGAGCGCCUCUGCGACGCCCAACCACGUCAGCACCAGCAACAGCGCCAACAACGUGGGCGACGACACCAUGGUGACGGCGUCGGAAUCGGUGCCGGACCUCAGCUCGCUGGGAGCUGGCGGCGGCGGCGCUGCUGAUGCUGCUGCUGCUGCUGCUGCCGGCAGCACCGAUGGCGAGGACGUCAAGCCGGCGCCAGCCGCGGUGACGGUCAAGGCCGAGUAG